GGUUUUUGGCUUCACUAACUAGGGCGGAUUCUUGGCUAUGGCGCAGCGCAUCAAGCUCGGCUCGCAAGGUCUCGAGGUCUCCAAGCAAGGCCUCGGAUGCAUGGGAAUGUCGGCAUUCUACGGCCCUCCCAAGCCGGAGGGGGAGAUGAUCGAGCUCAUUCGCACGGCGAUUGAGUCGGGGAUCACAUUCCUCGACACGGCGGACAUGUACGGGCCUUACACCAACGAAAUCCUCGUCGGCAAGGCGAUCAAGGGUAUCAGAGACAAGGUGGAACUGGCCACCAAGUUUGCAUUCUUCGUGGACGAGAAGGGGAAUCGAGGGAUCCGUGGUGAUCCAGCCCAUGUCCGUGCUGCUUGCGAGGGCAGUUUGAAGAGGCUGGAUGUGGAUUGUAUCGAUCUCUACUACCAGCACCGUGUGGAUCCGAAAGUUCCCAUCGAAAUCACGGUAGGGGAGAUGAAGAAAUUGGUGGAGGAAGGGAAGGUCAAGUAUCUGGGCUUAUCCGAGGCUUCUUCUUCUGAUAUUCGCCGAGCUCAUGCGGUCCACCCCAUCACUGCUGUUCAGCUCGAGUGGUCCCUUUGGAGUCGAGAUGUCGAGGAGGACGUUAUUCCAACUUGCAGGGAACUUGGAAUCGGAAUAGUUGCUUAUAGUCCUCUCGGACGUGGAUUCUUCUCUGGAAAAGCCAUCGUAGAAGAGAUUGGCGAUGGGGAUUUCCGCAAGUUUGUCCCAAGGUUCCAAGGUGAGAACCUGGAGCACAACAAAACCAUCUACGAGAAGCUGUGCAAGAUAGCGGCCAAGAAGAACUGUACCGCAGGGCAGCUUGCUCUGGCUUGGGUCCAGCACCAAGGCGACGACGUUGUCCCCAUUCCAGGCACCACCAAGCUCAAAAACUUCAAGGAAAACAUUGGAUCGCUAGACGUGACCCUCUCCAAGGCCGAGAUUGACGAGAUUGAAAGCGUGGUGGCCGGAGUCAAGGGAGAACGAUACGGUGAUAUGUCCAGCACUUGGCGAUUCGCGACAACACCACCUCUUUCUUCCUGGAAGCAGUAAGUUCACACAAGUUUGUGAAAAACAAUGGAACAACAAUAUAAAGUUUCUAAGACCCUCCCUUGAGCUGGGGAAGUUUACUCGCCAA